AUGCACCCACAGGAGCUGGUCCAGCCAGCUGACUGCCCAGACCCCCACUUUGCUGUCCAGCUAGGUCGCAGACUCCGCCCCCCGGCCCCCGCCUCCCCCCGCUCGCCCCGCUCGCCCCGCCCGCGGCGGCCGCGGAAAACCCGCGGGCGGAGGCCAAGGCCGAGCGCGACCCUGCGCGCCCGAGCCCGGAGUCGCGCGCGCCCCUCGAGGGAGCGGGGCUGUCACGCCUUCCCAGCCGCCCGGGCGGUCUGCGGGCGCGGGGAACCGCACCCCGCGCGGCCCGGGCUCGGCCUGGCGCGGGCCCUUUGUCCGACGGCGGCCGCCGAUUGGCCGGCCGGGGCCGCGCGCUCGGGACCCCCUCCCCGCGUCACAGAGCGGCGCCCAGCCCCGCGCGACGACGGUCGCCCUGCGGGGUCCCCGGGCCCCCCGCCGCCCCCGCCCCCGCCCCGGCGCCCUGGGCCGCGCGAGGACUGCCGCGUCGGGGCAGAGCCUUCCCACCCAGGCGGCGGGGAGGGGACCCCGCUGGAGCAGGCGCCUAAGGGGAAGGGGGUCCGGACAGCUCUUGACAAAGGGCACGUCUGCGGGGUGCCGGCAUUCGCUAUCUUGUUUGACGGGAACAGGGCUCAGAAAGGCAAGCGACCUGCAGCUCCCGCGGGGUCACACACCCGCCGGACUCCCACGGGACAACUUUCCCUUUCUGGGCCUGCGGUUGCGCCAGGACAGGCUUCGGGACGCACCGGGUCCGGACCCCGACAGCUCAGGCUGGGCGGCCUUGUCCUUCCUCCGCGAGGCCCUUUCUCGGGGAAUUCCUGCCCUCUGGAAAGAACCGUGUCGUUCAGGAAUUUCCCAGCUGGGCACCAGCUUCCCUUUCCCUUCAUUGCUAGAACCCCUGCCCCUCCCAUGUUUUGUUUGUCCCACCCUUGGUGUCGCCCUCCCGUGGACUCCCUGCUCCCCCAGCAGCUGGGCACAGAUCCCUGGGCCCUGGGAGUGGGCGGUGGAGCUGGAGGUGCCCCUUGGGACUGAGAACUUCCUUUUCCUCCUUGGGAAUGGAAGUCAAAUGCUAGAUUUGGGCUUGCCCCUAAUCCUGUCCCUGGGGGUCCUUGUGGGGAGGGGGAAUGCCAGGAAGUGGCCCUUCAGACAGAUUCCACACUCUUCCCUUGAGUCCCUGGGGGAGGGGGUCGCGGGCUGACAGAGUUCAGAUGAUCCCUCAGAGCCAUAGAGCCUCAGGGCUGGGAGGGGCACUCCAUUUGCUCCCCAGUGAACAGAUGGGGAGACAAAAGGCCAGGUCCCCAAAUUCAUCCAGCGACAUAGGGCCGAUGCGGAUGGAAAGCAGAGCUCCUGGCUCAUUGCCUCUGUGGCUGCCUCCUGUGGCCUCCUUGUGCAAUCCCGCACUUUCCGGCCAGGCCUCCUCUCCUCACCCCAAACAGAUUGGGAAAUUGCUGGGGAAUCUGAAGCUUUCUGAGUCAUAGGGUGGGGGCAGGGGGUGUGGUUGUCAGGCCCGAAGAUCCCACCAUCCCCUCAGAGCCCAGGAUCCUGAUCAGGGGAGGCAGGAAGGACACUUCCCAGGGUGGGGCCUGGUCAGCCGACCGAAUCCCCGGAUGCCCAGGCUGCCUGAGCUCCCUCUCCAUGGCCUCACCCUGAGCAGCAGCCAGGAGUCGGGAAAAGUUGCCUUCUCCUUUGUGCUUGCUCCGGUCCCUUUCCCUUUCCCUGAGUUAAGAUAGGAGGAUUGGGGGUCCCCUAUAUGGACUCCCCAACACAAGGGAAAUCCUCUGAAAACAGGACUGCAUAGGGCCAAGGGAUGAUAGCCAGCAGGGCAGGCACUACCCUUACCCCCUCGUGAUAGAUGAGGAAGCCAUCUUCAAGGGGCCAGACACUUUCAGAGGGAGCCAAGCCAGCCAAAAUUCCAUCCCCAGCAGGAAAUGAACAUCAGAUGCUCUUGGCUGGCUCGGGAGUGUUCCUGGGCCAGUUGCUGUCCCAUUUGCCAUCUCCCCGGGGGGAUGGGCAGGGGAGACCAGGCCAGCUCCACCUGGGAGAGAGGACAGAGGUGGAAGCCAGAAGCGGAUUGGCUGCAGACACCCCCCCCCCCGGUCCAGCCCAGAAGUCAAGUGUGCGGCACUGGGGGCAACAGCCGGCUCCUCACUGUGAACUUGGGACCUCAGAAGCCCAGGACCCGUGGGCAGACCGCCCUGCCCUCUGCUCAGACAUGACAGUGGACCGUUUUCUUCAACUGUGAUAAAACACAGAGAACCAAAUUUACCAUAUUGACCUUUUUAAGUGUGCAGUUCAGGGACAUGUACAUUAUUACCCAACACCCAUCUCCAGAACACUCCUCAGUUUACAAGAAUGAGGCUCUGAAAUUACUUACCUAUUCCCCCAUCCUCCUUCCCCUGCCCCUGGAGAUCAUUGUCCUACUUUCUCGUUAUAAACGUGACUAUUCUAAGCAGCUGAUAGAAGUGGUACCCUAAGAGUGUUAGUCCGUUUGUAACGGGCUUAUUUCACUCCGCGUGAUGCCCCCAGGGUCCAGCCGCAUUAUAGCAGGUGUCAGAUUUUCCUUCCUUUCUACAGCUGAGUAAUAUUUCACUGUUAUCGGUCCGUGGUCGCUGGGGUUGCUGCCCCCUCUUGGCUAUUGCGAAUAAUACUGCCUUGAACACGGGUGUGCGAAUAUGGAACCGCCUGCUUUCAAUUCUGUGGGUAGACAAGUGACUCUCCUUGAACUUGGUGCCACCCUAUGUUCUAAAUGCUUGACGUGCAUUAACUGAUUUCAUCAGACCAUCCUAGGAAAUGGGUACUUCUUAAUUA